AUGUCUGAACCGUCUGAACUCCCCUCGGCCCGCGAGUCUGACGUUGGCCAACGUUCUGUCAUUGGGCUUCUCCGGCGCGGCAGACAGAUGGCUCAAGUAGCUCUCGGCCCCAACCACCAGCGCCGACACAGGCUCGGUGGUGACCUCCCCAUCUCCCAGCCCAGCCGACCUCACACUUCUCUAAGUUUCACGUCUCUCGGCGGCCAACAACAACAACGUUCUCAUAGUUCUCUGAGCAUCACUCAUCCCAACAGUAGUCAACAACAUGGCAUUGAGAUAGACGAGGGUGGGGGUGCCGAGAUACCCGAUAUCCCUCUUAGUCGACCCUCGCGUCGUGUCGCUUCAGAGCAGAAGGCCCCCAAGCCCUCCCGCAUUGAGGAGGCAUGGGCUGAGGAGGACGACAAUGACUGGAGACCCCACGGGCCGAUCAACCCCAACAACAUCACCCCUCCAAAGGACAGACUUACUAUGCAGUCUCCAGAGGGCUUUUCGAGGGGAAGGGGAAGGGUCAAGCAUCCCGGGUCCCCAUUGCCUGUCCAAAGCAGGCCGUCUUCCCUUAGCCCGCCCAUGAGCCCAAAUACAUAUACGCAUUCGUCGCGGUCCAGGGCAAAUUCAGCGGCAUCAUCAUAUCGCACCAACGCCACUUCCAUGCUGCCUGCUUUGCAGACCAAAGGUGCCGGGGACGAGGAGAUCCUUGAGCCCCUGGCCGAGGAGGAGGUCGAACCGGGCUCCUUUGACCUCGUAGUGCCAUCACACGGAGACAGCGGGCAGUACUACGAUCUGGAGGACAGAUCUGAGCUGAUCUUCUCCAAAGACCAUCUCCAGGCCAUCUUUCGGGAUCACGUUCUGCUGCAGCGGUUCACAGACUUUCUGCACUCGGUUCGCCCUGAAUCACUACCUCUUUUGUCGUACUACCUGGACUGCCUCAAGGCGCUGCGGGCCAUUUCAUACGCAAACGCCAUCACUGAUGGCCUGGACACCCUUCCUGAGCACGAGUUCUCUAAUGAUAAUUCCUACAAGACGGUCAACACCUCGCUCGAGAAGAAGGCUGAGGCUGCCUUUGACGUUCUGGUUCAACAAGAUCUGCCUGCAUACGUCACACAUCUCUGGAUUCAGACUGUCACCGUGUCAAUCACGAAACGGAUCACAGGUACUCUUCCCGUGCAGCUGAAGGAGAUGUCCGAGGGCCUUGCGGAAGUCUUUUGUUUGACAGACCCGUCAAGGCACGACAACCCGAUCAUCUUUGCAUCUGAAGGUAUGGUUCUCUUCGUUGGCUGUAAGCACCGACCACAGUAA